GGGGAGUGAGGAAAUGAGGGUAGUGAAGGUAAGAGUCUGCGGAUGCAAGGCUCAGCAUUUCGGUCCAUUCUAUCCAAAGUGGAGGAUAACGUGGGGGAGGCGAAUACAACCAGGCAGAUCACAGAGCUGAGGUUCUCAGGCACUUCAAAUAAACCAUAGCCAAAGCAGGAAGCGGGAUUUAAACAGAGUCGAGGCUGAGGAAAGGAUGCAGGCAGGCUAGAGGCAGCACUGCAGCUUUUGAGAGGCUUGUGGCAAACGGUCAGAGGGAGUCCGUGCAAGUUUGUUCUUUGCUGGGUUUGCAGCUAUAAUUCUACCGAAGGUAGGACAAACUGUGGAACCUGUGUUUCUCGGAUGCAAGAGCGGAUGGAACUCAGGGCAACGCUUCACCUCAAAGUCCUGUUGUUCUGGAAACUUUUAAUUUCCCUGGAAGGUUCCAGACUCCGACUUGAUGAAUCCCCACCUCUGAUAAUUGAACAUCCAACUGACCUGGCUGUCUGCAAGGGAGAGCCUGCUACCUUGAACUGUCGGGCAGAAGGAAAGCCCCCACCUGUCAUCGAAUGGUACAGGAAUGGUGAACGGGUGGAGACCAUCAAGGAUGACCCUCAGUCCCAUCGUACUCUCCUGCCACACGGCUCUCUCUUCUUCUAUCAGUUAAACCAGGGACGCAAAGGGAAAUCUGAUGAGGGCAUAUACACGUGUGUGGCACACAACCACCUGGGAUAUGUCGUAAGCAAGAAUGCAUCACUUUAUGUGGCAUCCUUGCGGGACGAGUUUAGACUGCAGCCAAGUGAUGUGGUGGUGGCACUGGGAGAACAGGCAGAAAUAGAAUGCCUGCCACCUCGAGGCUAUCCAGAGCCCACUGUCACAUGGAAGAAGAAUGGAGCACCUCUGAAUGAAAAAGACGAGCGCUACAGAAUCACUGUCAGCAAACUCAUCAUUUCCCAAACUCACUGGAGUGAUUCGGGAGUGUACAUCUGUGUAGCAAUGAAUAAAGUGGGACAUCGGGAGAGUAGGGCUGCACAUGUGUCCAUACUAGAAAAGCCAACCUUUGUCCAGAGGCCGAGUGAUGUGACAGUAAGAGCUGGGGAUACCGUGACAUUUUCCUGCGAGGUCCGUGGUGACCCAAUGCCGCGUGUACACUGGUUGAAGGAAAAUGGCAACCUUCCCACAGGGAGGUACGAGGUGAACUCUGACAACACAAUGAAGAUACAUUACAGCACUCUUGAUGACGCAGGCCACUACACCUGCCUAGCAGAGAACCUGGUGGGUUCAGCCACUGUGUCCGUCUCUCUCUUUGUGCAAGAUGCUGUUGAUUCAGGUUGGAGAGACAAGGAGAAAGACACUCACCGGGAACUGUCGGAUGCUAGGAUUUACCUUGACAAUGUGACUGUCCUUCCAUCAUCUGCACAUGCCUAUCUCCACUGGAAGGUUAUUUCCCCAUCUCAAAACAUUGAGGGAUUUAUAGUUUCCUUUCGUUUUUUGAUGCCUUUGCCUGUGGAAUGGAUGGAGCAGCAGGUUACCUAUCCCCUCGAGAGAAGCACGGUGCUGACUUCCCUGAAGAGGGGCUACAUGUAUGAGUUCAAGGUUCAGGCAUACAGUGCUAGGUUCCGCAGUCCAGACAGCAACACGGUGCAUGGAAAGGUUCCUGAGGAAGUGCCAGAUGCUGCUCCCCAUAGCGUGAUUGUAGCAACGACAGAAAGUAGGAAUGGCAGUAUUGUGAUCAGCUGGGAACCCCCUCCUCCCGAGUCUCACAACGGCAUCAUUAAAGGUUACAAGGUUUGGUGUUUUGGGAAUGAGACUCAACAUCACAGAAAUUGGACAGUAGAUGGCAGUACACACCGCCUGGAGAUACCCGCACUGAAUUCUGGGAUUGAGUACCGUGUGCAGAUCGCAGCAAUCAAUGGCGCUGGAGUCGGAGUACACACUAAACCACAAUCUGCCUAUCUAGACUCUUCAGAUCAAGAAAAGUCAAUGGAGUCUUCACUCCUUGGACUGGUGCUGGAGGUUGUGAAGCAGCCAGUCUUCAUUGCAAGUGCUGGGAGUGUUCUCUGGGUCAUCCUGAUGGUGUUCAGUGCAUGCUUGUACUGGCGCCGCCGCACAAAACGCUGCCAAAUUCAGAAGAAACACAGACUCAGCAAAGGCUUGUACAGACUGGCUAAUGAAGAUAUUAUUAUCAAGCACAGGAUGAAUCUCACCAACUCUCCCUGGUUGUCAAACUCCUGGAAAUCCAGCAGCUGUUCCAAGAGCUUCAGUCCUGGGAAUAGUCAGCCUCUCUGGCUCCACAGUCAGGAGAAACAAGCCUACUGGUCAACAGGUUCAUCAAUUGAGAAGGACCAGUGUUUGAGAGACCAAAACCCCUUGAUAUUUCCUGAUAACAGUCUGUAUGGGACAUUCAAUGCUGACAUUAAAGGAAAGGAUUUGAAGACGUUUAGCACACCCCUCUCACAGAGAUCUACAAACUCAAGCUAUACUAUACAGGUGACUCCAAAUCAGAGUCCUUUGCCAUUACUGAAAAACCAUACCAACAGAAACAACAUCAACGGUUUUGGCCAGGAAAUUACAAAGUUACCAUGGAAACCGACACCCUACCGACAAGCCAAUCCAGAAUCAUGGAACAAAAACUGCAAUAAUGAAAGUAAUGGAUCUGUGAUCACUGUCAGUCAGAAGCCAAUCACCGGUCCGGGAUCCAGCCUCAAAGGCGAUGGGAAAAAGGUGAUGAGGACUUUCUGUUCACCAAAGAUCCAGCAUCACAAUUUCAGACUCAAAUUGGUGGAUGCUCUCCCACCUCCACCACCUCUCCCAGUCGAGCAACCUGAGCACAACCACAGCACACAGAAAGGGCCAAGCAAAUCCAAUAAGCUGUCAGGCUCCAGCCUGGUGUCCGCAGGAGCACGGAGGGAGGGAAGUUGCUCUCCUCUGGAAGAUGACAAGAUGUCCUGUCAGACCACGUGCUACAGCCGCCUUUCCACUGCCACCCUCUCACUGUCAGCAAACGAUGGUGUGGACAACAGUCACCGGCCAGAGCCAGUCGAUCAUUUCCUGGAGCUGACAGAUGAGGGUAAACUAAGGCACUUCGCAGGCAGCUCAUCCUCCUUUCAAAGACCUUUCUCGCCUCCCCACACGUAUGGGUACAUCUGUGGGCCACUGCCCUCUGACCUGGAAACAGAUGCUGCAGACUAUGAUGACGAGGACGAUGACCUGGACGUGGAGGUGGCCCGUGUGAACUCUCGCAGGUUCUUCCACAGACUGUGCCGCACUCCAACCUCGAGCAUCAGCGAGUGCGAGAGCUCCCUCGCUGGAUCAUUGGCCAAUGGCUGGGGCUCUGUCUCCGAGGACAAUUUCACUAGUGCUCGCUGCAGCAUGGUCAGCUCCUCCGAUGGUUCCUUCCUCAUGGAUGCCAACUUCGCCCAGGCCCUUGCCGUGGCCGUUGACAGUUUUUGCUUUGGUCUGAAACAAACAGAGAUGGCGACUCCUUACACAGCUCUCCCUCCAACAUCCUGUGUGCCCACUGCCUUACCUGAUGCUGGGCUGUCAUGCAAUCGCUCCGAAGGAUCAGAGGCCACAAGUGAAUGCCCAGUAUCUGAACCUGGUCACAUUUGGGAUUGGAAUAUGUCUUGGGCUGAUGAGAUAGAAGACACAAUCUCCCAAAAGGAGGAAAUGGCAGCCAGGAAGCAGAGUGCUACUGGGAAAGACCCCAAUGGAUUCUUCAGCAAGAUCUCAGACCAACAGCAACUGGCCAAAUACAUCACUGAUGGGCACAACUCCAAACUGGACACCCAGGCGAACGCUGCCCUCAAUGCAGUACAUGUAUCAUUCGCAACAGUUGGAGCCCCAGUACAGAAGAGUUUUGCUGUUCGGAGGAAAGUGGAGAAAGUUGGAAUGAUGAAUUUUCCAACAGACACCAAUGGUCUCACCAUGGUUAAGGUCUAAGAACAUGAAUGGAUUGGAACUCCUGACCCAUCACUGUACAUACAGAAACCUACGGACAUCAGGAUCAAGAUCCAGAAGGAAAGGAGAGAUGGAUGUUUAUAGGAUGGAGACAUUCCAGUGCUUAUUGAUGGGCAGCUAGGGCACUUAGUCAUUUUCAGUUCUACUUGACAAGGCUGCGCUUAUCAAAAUGGAGGAUGUUUCGGUGUGUAGCCUGUGUAACAUUUAUAGAAAACUUGGUAGCUUUGAACCACAGAUGGCCAGACAGCUAAACUUACAAUCUAUUCAAAAUCCAGGGUCACAAACAAAACAGCCAACGUGUACAGCUAGAUGUUAGAAAACAGUGAUAUGAAGAGUGACUGACUGGAUCUAGACAUUGGUUUGUAGAUUGUAUAGAUAGACCUAUGAAGCCUGAGUGGGGGAGAUGAUUAAAUUCAAAAGCAAGGCUGUUGUUUUUGGAGUUUCUGAGUACGUGUACACAGACACCCUGCCAACAUACGUCAGCUUUUAACUUAUCUCAUUACUAAUUAUUCUAACAGAUGUAUUUAAAUAAAACUGACCUUGAAAGCCAGUCUGGAGUGACAUUAAAAAUUCAAUAAUAUACAUCAAAGAAGUCUAAAGUCUCAAUGAUAUAAGGUCAGUUCAGACGAUGGUGUUGGAUGACAGCUCACCAAUAUCCAUCGCCUAUUAUUAGUCAACAAUGAAAACAGAUCAAAGCCAGUGGUUGGAAAAAAUCAUCACUUAACAUACUUGCAAGGCCCCUUUCUCUGAAGAUUAGUAUUUGGCAGUAAGUUGCUUCAUUCCUGAGUGCAAAUCUAACGGUACUUAUUAUUUUCCUGAUUAAAAAAAACAUUUAAAAAUAAAGAAAAAGUGUGUAGAUCAUUUUGCAGUGAAAGGAUAUUUCCUGAGAGUUGUGGGUCACAUAAAGAGUUCAUUUCAAUUUCAAGUCUUAGGGCGGCAACAUUUACACAAAGUUAAGGAUUGAUUCCAGUAGAGAAUAACUGAACACAGCAGUUAUAUUGUUCACUUUUUUCAAAUAAUUGUUCUGAAUUUCUUGCCGAUGCAGUCUCCAUUGUAUAUGUUGGUGCUGGCCCAAUUUACCCAAUCUCCCUGUUGGAUGAAGUGGCAUAAAGUCAGAUAAAAGCAUUGGCCCGAAAAUUUACAGAGAGGCAGUGGUGACAGGGACAAAAACAGAAGUUGCUGCAAAAGCUCAGCGGGUCCAACAGCAUCUGUGAAGGAGAAAACAGAGUUAAUGUUUUGUGUCCGGUGACCCUUCCUCUGAGUUUUUAUUUAGUGGUGGCAGGGAAUCCUGUUUUGUGGAGAAAGGAGAGGCGUGAGAGACUUGGAGAUUCCUGGGAUGAGGUCUUGUGUCAAAUUCAAUAGACGACAACCACGAUCAUCGUUGAUCUCCUGUUUCUGCCUGAUUUUUCAUGGGCUGCUGAUUGGAGAGGGAUGGUUGGAAGGAGAUAGAAGGCUACAUGCCGGAAUGUAAGGGAGUAAUCAGGAAACACCAGGGAUAGAUUAUUGAGUUGUCUGUAUCAAUGCCCACUUAUCGUGGAGGACAGAGGUGAAGGAUGAUGUUGGGGAAGGGGGUUUAAGGACAAUCCGCAAUGUACAUUGAUUUGUUUGGAGGGAAACCAAACUUGUGAGCCUGGGUGGGAAUGGACUGUGGCUUUCUGGACCAUUACAUAUGCUUCUUAAAAAAAGCUUUAAUUUUUACUGCCAGGUCCGAAGGAGUCCUUCACUACAUUUUCCCUUAGAUGACCUGGCCGAUUAGAAGAAGUAAUUUUGUCACUUGUUUCAGUGGGAAUAGCAAAUGGUUUACUGUCAUUUGCCCUGUGUAGUGGCUUUCUGGACCAUUACAUAUGCUUCUUAAAAAAAGCUUUAAUUUUUACUGCCAGGUCCGAAGGAGUCCUUCACUACAUUUUCCCUUAGAUGACCUGGCCGAUUAGAAGAAGUAAUUUUGUCACUUGUUUCAGUGGGAAUAGCAAAUGGUUUACUGUCAUUUGCCCUGUGUAGUUGGUUGCCCAUGAUAAGUUUUUUUUUAUGUGACUAUAAAUUAACUGAAGCAAUCUCAACGCUUGUGGGGAGAAAGCAGAAAUCACAUGUUUCCAAUCUGUAGUUAUGUUUUCAAUUUCCUUUAGCGAAGCCUCAUCUCACAUUCAGGGUUUGAAAAAAGUUGAACAAAAGGAACUUCCAGUUUGCUAAUUAGCAUGAGACCUGGAAAAGCACAGAAAUGGUACCUGACUGCAUUAAAAAAAGUAAUGACAUUUAUAGUACACCCUCGUCAUGUUCUUAGGAUGUGCCACACAUAGUUUUGGUCUUUGUUGCUAAUAUGGCAGAAUAUGAUCAUGUACGCAAGAUUAGGCAGGUCUGCAACUGAGAUGAGCACUCAUUUUGCCUGUUCUUGGUGGGCUUGUACUGUUUGAGAGAGGAAUGUAGACCUUAAGUCCAGGGGAAUGUCCAGCUCUUCUCCAGAAAUUGACUGUUUUAGGUCCACCUAAACACAUCGACAGAGCCUGGGUGUAACUUCUUAACAGAGAAUUCAGUUCCAACAAUAUAACACUCUCUGCCAUUUGAUUCAGAAUAACAUGAUCAAGUCCUUAAGGGUGCUGGAAACCACACAUUCUCAACUGAAGUGUGCCAGAGCUAAUAACUGAGGCAGUGAAGAGAUGAGCUGGGUUGUAUUCAGCUGAAGUUAAGCAGGAAAGGUGUUAUUUUCCACGUCGUGCUGAGGGGGUAAUUUCAGAAGCAGGGAUCAGAGGUUGUGUGUGCAAUGAGGGCAAUACUAAAGGAGUGCUGCAUAGUCAAAUGUUCUGCCUUUCAAAAGCAAUGUCUGACCAAAUCUUCCCUCUGACUUGCAUGUAAAAACCCCCUCGCACUAUAUGAGGAAAAGUUACUGGAGUUUUCCCAAUGUGCUGGCCAAUAUAUAUCCCCCAACAAACAUCACAACAAAGUCCCCCAGAUUAUCUUUACUUUUUGCCGUACACAAGUUCACACAACAUUUCAGAAAUGUUUCACUGGCUUCAGGGUACCUUGCACUGGUGAAAUGUAUCAUUUUCUAUAUUCUAAUAGCUCCAUCUGCUAUUUCCAUAACAUUGAUCCUUAGACAACACAUUGAGCAUAAGCAGCACCACAGAAGUUCCAAUAAUAUCUGUCAUGAAACCUUUGAAGCUACAGCAUAUUAAUCACAUAUUGAUGUAGGUGCUAAAGAUACUUUGAAAAAAAAAUCAGUAACAAUCUCCAGCUCAGUGGUUUCCAUUAUUUGACUGACAAAGACCAAUACGGAUUUAUAACCAUGCUUUGUGAGUAAAAAAGGACCAAUAA